GAGACGGGAUAUAUAUAUCCUACAAUUUUAUCGGAUCCUUUAAUAGUAAUUAAUCCUAUCAACCUAAUUACGGAUAAGGAUGGCGAACUUAGUAUUAUAUAUAUACCGGAGGACCCAACAUCCGACGAAUUUAAUAUAUAUAUAGAAUAA